AUGCCUAUCGUUGUUACUGAGCUUGGUACAGAGCAUAUAGUUCAAUUCGUGUCAAAAGAUAGAUCCGUUGGCCAUUUUUUAUCAAGACAAAUACCACUAAUAUGCAUGUACGCAUUGUUGAUCAUUUCAUCUCAUAUCUAUCAGUUGCAAAAUGUUAAUUCUGCAGUUGUAUAUGGGGUAGUAUUGCUCCUAUGUGUUCGCGCUCCUAUUACAGAUUAUGUACAGUCCAUACCCUGCCAAGGUAUUCAGAUUGCAUCUUCGGGGGGAUUGUUACUGCUGCCUCAAAGUAUCAACAAGGCUCUCUUUAGUACAGUUAAGUUUAUUCCACAGGAUCAAAUCGAAGACGUCUUUAUUAACGAGGCAUUCAAAGGUUUACUAGUGGUUUCUUAUCUUGCAUUGGUUGUAAAGGACCAAUAUGAGCUCCAAGUUCUGUUUGAAGUAUGUCACGUGAUAUUUAUUACAUUACAUCAUAUCAUAGUAUAG